GCUUCUUCCUCCCUUCUCCGUCGGGUUCUGCUGGGUUUGAAUCCUUCGGCUUUUUCUGUUUGCCGUGAGUUUUCCCCCAUGGAUCCCGUUGGCUUCCUCAUCAGCCAAGCUCGGGUUCUGCUGGCUGGAAUUCUGGUAAGUUGCCGACUUUUCCAAGCUUAAAAUUACCCAUUUAAUUGCUGGGUUUUGUCCAUUAGUUGAUGCUCUGUGUUGUCCAAAUCUGCUGGGAUAGGGGAUGAAUUUGGUAGCCCUUUUAAAUGUGUUUUAAGCUUGAUUAUGUAGAAUUUAGCUUGAAUUAGCCGCUGUGAUGUUUUGUGCGAGAAAUCCCGUGUGUGUGAGUUGUGGGUUGCCAAGGUCAUGCCCUCCAUGUGCUGCCCGUGAGGUUGGGGAAAUUUUGGUAGCUUUAAGCUAUGUUUUAAGUGUGGUUUAAGUGGGAAAUUAGCUUGGUUUGGGUUGUUGUGAUUUUGGAGAAAAAUCCCGUGAGAUUAGUUAUUGUUUCGCCAAUUUCGGAAGUUGAAGUUACUGUUCACGAGGUUUUGAUCGUUUUGUCACCGUAGCACUUGGGUUAGCCUUCUGUUUUGUGCGAGUAAGGUAAGUAAAUUAUGGUAAAGCCCUUCGAUUUUAAAGCAUGUUUUCAAUUGUUUUUGAGAUGGUGGCAAGGUUUAAAUUGAUUUUAUCAGCAUCUGAAUGUGAUUAAACUGAAAUGGAAAUUGUGAUGGUUUUUAUGAGAAUUUCACUGUUUUCUGGAAUUGAGCAUGAUUGAAAUGGAAAGUGAGAAUUUCAUUGUUUUUCUGGAGUUAUUGCACCGAGCAUGAUUGGUUUGAAAUGAAACUGUUUUCAUUGGUAUUGAGUAGAGCAUGCCUAUUUGGAAUUGACUGAACUGUUUUGAUGAACUGAGGGUUUACAAAUUUUGUGUUUUCUGAUAAAUCCAUGCCCACAUGGAUUUUUCUGGUUAUUUCUGAAAUUGGGAUUGAUUGUGAAAUUCGGGUUCUCUGUAAACUCUGCAUGGUUUUGUCUCAGAUAUAGUCAUGAUUACUGAUUACUGUGCCCGCUAGUGGGAGGUUUAUAAACGCUAGCACAUGUCGACAUGCUUACUGAUAUGAUCGGUCCAUUCUGUAACCCUACCAAUGGGGUUAAACAUUGGUACUAUUACUGUGCCCGCCAGUGGGAGGUUUAUAAACGCUGGCCAUGACUUAUAGAUGAGACUACUAAACUUAGUUUUAUUCUGCAUGAACGGUUUGUCAUGAAGGCUUUGAUAUCGAACUGAAUCUGAUUCUGUUUAAAUGGUUUGUCAUUGAAUGUUUUGCUAUUGAAUGGAAUUUGAUUCCGCAUUAACGAUUUAUCAUUGAAAGUUCUGUUAUGUUUACAUGGUUUGUCUGGCAAGCUUAAAAGUUUUACCCAAGGGCUAUCCAUAUUUACUUACUGAGUUAUCUCAUAGUUUUCCUUGUCCACCAUUUCAGGAAGUGAUACCUAGGACGGGGAAACUGAGGGGAGUGACGAGUUAGAAGGCUAGCCAUCGUGUAAAUUGAAUAUGGAUUUUAGAUAUGAAUGAUGAUCUUGUAAGCGAGAUUUUAAUUGGAGAUUGUAAUUUCAUUUAGUGGAUUGUUAGUUUUUAAGAUUUUAUCUUCAGAUUUUGAUGGUGUCAGAUUGUGAAUUGGAUA